UAAUAGUGCUAACUCAUCUCGCGCUUGAACCUCGUGGUAAAGAACGCAGAACUGUCCUUUGCAGUAAAGUGGAGAGCCUGGUUGUACUGCUUCCUAAGAAAUUGUCUAGGAUCGCCAAUUUUUGAAGCAAUGGGUGACAGCAAUGAAGUAAAACCUGAUGCUGAACAUAUCAAUCUUAAGGUUGUAGGAGGUGAUAAUUCAGAGGUGCACUUCAAAAUUAAAAGGACAACACAAUUGAAGAAACUAAAAACAGCAUAUUGUGAUCGCCAGGGUAUACCCCACAAUUCAGUUCGGUUUCUGUUUGAUGGACAGAGAAUAACAGAUGACACAACACCCAAACAGCUUGAAAUGGAAGAUGAUGAUGUCAUAGAAGUUUACCAGGAACAGACUGGUGGCAAAUAGAGUUUCUUUGUAGGGUGUCACUAACAUAAUCAAGCAUGUCCCAAUCAAACAGCAAAGUGUCUAUCUGUGAAAAGCUUAUUUUAUCAUGGACAGUUUAAUGUGUUCACCCUUUAAGUCAUUGUCCAUUUUGUAUUAAACUUUAUUCUGAUGUGGAGCUCAGUUAACUGGCUGCAUACAAGCUAUCUAUGUCGCACUGUUUAAGAGGAUCUAUUUUCUUUCUGUAGGGUUAUAGGGGAACAAUUAUUUGAGCAAAACAGUUCUCUUUUUAAGAAAUAUUUUUAAUUGCUGCACGAUAAGCAAAAAGCACCUUUUGGAAAACUUUAUUAUUUGAAGGUGAAUUGCAACCCACAUGAUUUGGGGCAGGUGCAGUGAUCUGAAGAAACAGGUUUUUAUUCAAAUUAACAGUUUGUAGAAGGUACAAUUGUUGCACACUGUUGAUGAAAAUGCUAAUUGUUUGUUUAUACUGUAGCUGAUUAAGUUGAAUGUUAAUUUGAUUAGCAUACUUCUAUGGCUGUUGUUUCUUUAACCAAAACUUCAUGCUCAGUAAUGUGAUUUGAUUUUUUGCCCUUGAUCGAUUUCAGACCUGAAAAAUUCCCACCCCCCCCCCCCCUUUAUAGUGAAGAAUAUAUGUAUUCAAAUAAUCAGAUAUGUUAGCUCCAUUGGACAACCUUGUUUAUCAGUUCUUAAAAUAAGUAGUGGCAGUAAUUUAUCUGUAGUUCUGUUAUUGAUAUUCAAGACUAUUUGAUUUUAAGCUUGCAUAUUUUUUGUUGUUGUGAAAAAUGCUUUACUUCAGUAUCAUUGGAAGUAAGUCGUACCAUUUUAUUUUAACAAAGUUUCGUUA